GCAACAUCCAGUGAGGAGGCCUAGAGUUGGGGGCUAAACAAAAAUCACCAGAAGCAAAACACUGCAAACUGAGAAUAUAAUACCUUCUAAAAAACACAUUGCCUACGGUGUAUCAUCAAUAUUGAGGCUUGCUUGAGUGACGAAACAUUCCACCACCCUAAAUACACACAGCCAGGAACCAUUCCACCGGAUUGUACGUGAAAGUCAUCGCCAAACAUUUUCUCUGAUUUUAUCGUCGUUGGAUCGUCCAGAACACAAAUCUAACCGGUGGGAAAAGGGAUUCCCUCAGCUGAAUUGUUUGUUGCUAAGGAAAUAAACUUCAACACCCGAGGCGAGGAUAUCUAGCUGGAUGGAUGAUUAGUCCUCGUGUUGUGAAUUUUGACUCAUCGAGAUUUUUCAGUGUUCUUCAUAUAACUACACACCUCUGGAAUUAUCAAACAAAAUAUAUCCCUGGGAAAGGUUAUAAAUGUGACUGGAGCUGGUCAUGAUGACAUCGAAGCAAGAUUAAUUUAAGGAAGUUGAAUGAUCAGUAUGCAGUGCAGCCCACCUGCAACGGUAGAGUGCGCUGAGUGAUGUGCUUAUUCCCCUCAGUUCAACAACCGAUGCUGAAGACGUUUUAUACUUUUCCCCUCCCAAGACGGUGGACAUUUGAAGAGGAAUACAUCAAGAUCUGCUCGGCAACAUGAAUUCAACACCCCCAAUUCAUCAACUCCGCAUGGACUCAUCCGACUCAUCAUGUUCAAAUCGCACCCGCUCCAUCGCCUCCCUUGGCGGGUCGGAAGACUCCAUCCUGGAAGAGAGGGAACCACCGACGGGUCGGGGCGAGCCGGGGCGGGUCCCCAGGCUGUCUGACGGCUUCUCCCCAGAUGAGCAAGAUAGCGGGUUUAACUCCACGUCCCAGUUGGAGUGCUCCUCGCCACGGCACAACGGCACUCUGAGGUGUAGGACGCCGGAGAUCAAACCGCAUCGGCACGAGGAAUCUGCCGACGACGUCUGGCUGCCGAGGUUCCCGCGGGCAAAGAAGCUCGGUACCGACAGAAUGCUGGGGACGAGCGGGUCGCUAGGGAGCACCGAUAGUUGGAUUGAGAACAGUGUGAGCGAGGAGGAGGAGGACAUGGACGAUACCGAUAUAGCAAGGUGUCUAACCUCAAUGUCCAUGGGGUCAGGGGUCAUCAAGGUCAACGGGUCAGGUCGCUGUGCCGUGAAGACACUCUUUCUGGACGGGAACAAAAGCUGUGUAAGAUGGAGGCCGUCAAAGAAAGGAAGCAAAGCAAAAAUCAACAUUGAAUCCAUCAAAGAGAUCCGGGAGGGUCUGAACACGGACACCUUUAAGAAGUACCUCGCCAGCGGGAACAAAUGCAACCCAAAGAGCGCCUUCUCUAUCAUCCACGGCACCUCCUGGGAGACACUAGACCUCAUCUCAGACACCGAGGAGGAGAUUAUCAUCUGGCUAAGAGGCUUGAAACAUCUGAUGAGAGGAAUGAGGUCCGAGAUUCGCCGAUUGAAUAAUAACAAACUACGAGACAGUUGGUUGAAGGCAACAUUCGAGGCUGCAGAUAAGAGUGGAGACGGACUGCUGAGUAUGGACGAGGUCUUGAAACUCCUCCACAAGCUCAACGUCAACCUCAGCAAGAGAAAAGUCAAACAGUUAUUCAAGGAGGCCGACUCGCAAGAUGACAACAUCGGCAAGCUGGACUUUGAGGAGUUCAUCCAUUUCUACCGUACCAUCAGCACGAGGCAGGAGGUGGAUCUUCUCCUCAGUGAGUACGGCAACGGCAAGGGGUACAUGACGCCGGAGGAGUUUGCCAAGUACUUGAAAGAGGAGCAGGGACUAGCGGACGUAGAGCUGGAUAUGUGCCAGGAGCUUGUCCAGACCUAUGAACCCAUCCCGGAAAACGCCAAGAACGGAUGGAUGGGAAUCGAUGGGUUCACCUCGUACCUCCUGAGCCACGAGGGCGACAUCUUCAAUCCCGCGCACCGUGAGGUCAAUCAAGACAUGACCCGACCGUUGUCGCAUUACUACAUCGCCUCAUCUCACAAUACGUACCUUGUUGGCGAUCAGCUGAUGUCGCAGUCAAGUGUUGACGUGUAUGCCCUUGUACUACAGUCUGGCUGUCGCUGUGUGGAAAUGGAUUGUUGGGAUGGCAAAGACGGUGAGCCCAUCAUCUACCACGGCUACACCCUAACCUCAAAGAUCAAAUUCCGCGACGUCAUCUCCAUCAUCAGCAAGUACGCCUUCGUCACCAGUCCCUACCCAGUCAUCCUGUCAAUUGAGAACCACUGCAACCUUGAACAACAGAAGAAAAUGGCCUUGUACUUAAUUGAAAUACUAGGAGAAAUGUUGCAUAUACCGCCAAUCAACUCCAGUAAAAUAUCACUGCCUUCUCCCGAAGAACUGAAGGGAAAAAUUCUCAUCAAGGCCAAAAAAUUACCAGUGGACCACAAUGAGAAUCUUGAGGCAGGGGAAGUAAGUGAAGAGGAUAGUGCUGAUGAAUUGGACGAUGAUUUUAAGCUUGAGACCAGCAGCAUCUCCAAAAAGUUUGAAUCCGUAGCCAUGGCCCAGCUUAUGUUAAUGAGGAAGAAACCUAUAACGCCUACACGGUCGGCAUGGCAACGCAUCGUCUCUAAGGUUCGAGAAGACUCGAGGCAAAAGAAUGCGAAAAACCACGCCAGAUCUAGUAGCCUGACUGGCACUCUAAGGAGACUGAAACUCGCUAAGAAGAAACCAAAGUCGCAAUCCUCUUCAGAAUCUUCCGAAGGAGGUAGCCUAGAUCUCCUGGAGAAGCCCAUGACGGACGAGGAAUCGGCCGGGGACCAGCCAUCAACAACCACCGGUAACCCGAAGACGCCGAGCCCGCAGCCCGUCAGGAGGUCACACAAAGGCAAAUCCAUCGUCUUGUCCAGAAAACUCUCGGAGUUGGUCCAGUUGACUCGGUCGGUUGGUUUCAGGGGGUUUAAAGCUGCAAUGUUAUCAUGGGAGCUGCCCUCGCUGGGCGAGAUCAGAGCCAGUAAUCUCGUCGCUACCAAAGCACCAGACUUUGUCCAGUUCACCGCCAAUCACAUGUGUCGAGUCUACCCGUCAGCCUAUCGGAUAGAUUCCAGUAACUACAAUCCACAACCGAUGUGGAAUUGUGGAUGUCAACUAGUUGCGUUAAACUAUCAGACGGAGGGGCGGCCAAUGCAGCUCAGCAGAGCGAGGUUUAGCGUGAACGGCAACUCGGGAUACGCUCUGAAACACGCACUCCUAUGUGAUGAGAGCAAGCCUUUUGACCCCAACAGCGGCGAUCCAGUUUCCCAUCUUCCAAAGAAACAACUUACAAUACACGUUAUCAGCGGCCAACAGCUUCCAAAGCCACCUCAGAGCCUACUUGGCGAGAGGGGCGAGAUAAUUGAUCCGUAUGUAGAAGUUGAAGUCAUCGGUCUACCUGUAGAUUGUGCAAAGGCACAAACAAAGACGAUACAAGACAAUGGGUUUAAUCCUUUCUGGGACUGUACAAUGACCUUCACAUUACACCUGGCAGAUACAGCUCUGAUACGCUUUGCAGUAUGGGAUGAAGACCCUAUCGGUAGAGAUUUCAUCGGGCAGGCGACGUUUGCCGUCUCCAGCCUUAUGCCUGGUUAUAGGCAUGUACACUUGGAGGGGCUGGACCAAGCCACCCUCUUUGUCCAUGUGACGCUAGAAGACUACAACUCUUGGUUGAACAGCACAGCGCGUUUCAGGCCACGAGGUUCUCACUGUCGCACCAAGUCCAUGGAGCUUGAAUACUCACCGCUCUCCUCCUCCCCAACUCAUCGCCUCUCCCCACGGAGGAAGUCUUCCCUCGGUAUCGUCCAGAAGCUCAACAUGAGAAGACGUCACAGCAUGGCCGCUCUGCCUGCCAGGGAGCUGUCCCCGUUGCCGUUUGGGACGAGAAUGAAAAGGCGGAGCUAUGAAGACGGCAACUUGACGGGAAGUGCGGGAGAGUUGAGACCGGUAGCAGAAGAGCUGUCGGAGUAUUAUCUGGAGUUGACGCUCACCUGCACUGAUACCAUCUUACACAUCAUCUCCAAUUCGCACAUUCCAACUAGCCUGGAGUUGAACGGCUCAAUCAGCAUCUCAGUUGAUGACCUUCCUGAUGUUUUCGCCUUAAACAUUCCUCCUUCAGCACUCUUCAGAGCGAUCCAGGAGCACAAGCUUAGCCUAAGAUCCGAGGAGAGCUACACAGCAGUUGAAAGCUUCGCCACGUUGACAGAGUUGUGGCGAUCACAGCGUCAGCAGGAGCUGGACUACGAUUCUUUAAGUGUUGAUUCGGAUUCUAUGGCCAGCUCCAUGAACUAUGACCAAUUCGUUCAAGAUGUUUUCGAAGACUGUUUUACCAAAGAGCUGACUUACGACCCACGCCCAGAUUUGCUCAAAGAGGCUUCUCCGAGCCACGAUAGCAGCUCAUCAGGCAUUGACAAGCAAGGACCACCCCAGGAUGUUUCGUCAGAUGAUGUCAUGUCUCAGGACACAGUGAGCAGCGUUGGAAUAAGUAGUGAGAGUGAGUCUCAAAACACUGGUACCUCUCAGAAGGCGCCUUCAGACCAGGGUAGUGAUGAUGUCUUUCUUCCAGAUGUCAGCAAACAGGUAUGUCCUGUUGAUCAGCUUGUGGUUGAGGAAUGCUUUCAGAAGGUGGUCACACUUCCUCAGUUGAAGAUUCCAAAACUUAGUCUUGUUUCAAGUCCCAUUGUCAGCCCCGUCCCAAACAGUCCCAGUUCCCCAAGAGUUUGUACAUUUACAAGAGAUGCUGUCCAGAGAAGGUCAAGAAUCAUUUAUGAUGACACCGCCGAGUUCAUCGUCCAGCCAUGUUCAGAUUCUGAGAUCGUGUACAGAUCAGUUAGUGAAAGGACUAGCACCCUAAGUCAAAAGCGUCUCAGUUCUAUGUCAAUUACAGGGUCUUUUUUGCAAGAGUUUGAUAACAUGUUGCAGAAAUAUCAAGAAGAAUCCCCUGACAGUACAAUUGAAAACGACACCCUCCUAGGACAGACUAAUGUCCAGGGCAUACCAGCUCCAGAGGAAGUGUUGACUACACUUGAUUCCGCUUCUGACACCAGUCUCAACUGUCCAGAUGUUAUCAGUAACUCUCCAAGUACUGCCUUGGUCUUUAGCUCACCUCGAUCCUCAGAUUACAGUGAUGAUGAGACUGAGAGUGACAUUUCAGUCACCAGUGACAUAAUCAGUGCUGACAGUGAGAGUAAUCAGCCCAGUGAGUUACACAGAACCACCUCUAAGGAAGUUCCUCAAGCCAUUCCAAACACAAAUGGAGGGUAUCAUGAAAUAACAAGCUUAACGAACAAGUGCAAUUUGCCUAAUGAAAUACAAGGACUGACUAGAUCUCAGAAUCUAACAAAUCACCUUGAUGGUGUUAACCCCAAGACACCAACAAUUAUCAAAACACUGAAGCUAGAUGAAGAGGAUACUGAAAUCAAAGAGCAGAAGGAUCUGACCUUACAGAAUGACAGAAACAACAACAGAGGAAUCUCCCUUCAGAUGCUGAAGUUAAUCCAACACAAGGAAACGCUCAAGUCACAUUGCGAGAAAAUAAACCCUAAGGAUGAUGUCAUGAGAGAAUUUGUGGUUGAGGAUUCAGUAAGGUUGAUGGAUGAUAGUGUUGGUAUUAAGGACAGAGUGGUAAGUGUGGACAUGAAAAAUUGUGCGGAUGUAAGAGCUGGUGUGGGUAUGGAUGAUAAUGAGCAUGUUGAUGGUUUAGUGGAUAUUGAUGAAGGAGUGGAUAUUGAUGAUAGUGUUACCAGUUUUAAUGUGGAUGCCAGUAAUGGCGUGAAUGUAGUGGAUGUUAGGAAUGAAGCAGAUAUGAGUGAGAGUGUGGAUACCAAGUAUGAUGUGGAAAUCAGCAAUAGAGUGGGAAUUAAUGAGAGAGUGGAUGUGGAUAAUGGUGUGGAUGUCAAUGAGAGUGAAGAUUUGGAUUUGGUUUACAGAGUUGAGAAUGAUAGGUUGAGUGAUGGUGAUAGUGAUGACACAUCCAGUACAGCUUCUCUGUCCUCAGUUCCCUCAUCUGUAUCAUCAAGCGAUACCGUUGUAGAGGUCCCAUCAUCCUUUCCAGGAAAGCCAAGAGACCCUACUGACAACAUCUCCCCCGACCUCUCACCUCUCAGGUUAGAGGAUAUAUUCAACCCCAGUGAAUGCAAACAGUUCCGUUCAGAAUUUGUCCAGCAUUGGCAGCAGAAUGUCCCAGAACACAAAUCGACAUGCAAAACAGGAAACCCAAGUGCCCAGUUUAUCCCCGGAAUCAACCAAGCAGAAAGUUGCAAACCACCUGCUGUUAUUCCAGGUAAUGUAAUGAAUGGUCCAAGACCAUAUUCAAACAAAGCCAAACCCAUUUCGGCGAUUCAGAGAGAUCUCACUCAAAGAACCUCUUCAGCUUCAGAUAAGAACAACAGCCAUACCAAUCCAAAACGGCUCUCUUGGCCACCGAUUCGCCAGAAAGUACUUUUCCUUGACAAAGGAAAAGUAGAUUUUAAACCAAAUGUGCAGAAUGGGACUUUAGACAAUGAAAGAGAUGGCAGAAUCAUUGAUUGUGGAGCAGACAGUGCAGGUAAAGGAUUAAUCAAACCCAACUUUUUACCUGGUAAAAGCACACAAGGCAAAAGCAGCCUCCAUGUUCCAAACUACACAGAAGGGGUGUUUACAAGUCAGCUGUCGCAGAUCAGGUUAUCAAGACCUGGAAGUGGGCAACAGCAGUCAGUCUCAACAACUACAACCACCUUGGCUUCGGCUGGGACUUAUACACAUGUACUACCUAGCUACCAUGACCAUGGGUCACAAAAUGGGUCACAAAAACCUGCCGACCCAACAGGCCUCAGAAGCCCAACAGACCUGAGAAGCCAAACAGGCCUGAGAAGCCCAACAGGUAAAGCACUCCCAGAGAGGAUGCCCCCAAGCUAUGAAGAUCACAUAUCUAGGUACGGGAUACCUGCCAACCGUAGACCUAUUCCAACAGCCAGGCAAUACCAACCAGAUUCUUCGCCAAUCAAAUUUCGCCAUGCUGAACCUGUACAAGUUCCCCAAGUAGAUUCCGCAUCAAGACAUCACAGUCAUGGAAAGAGAUCCUCUCGUCUCCUAGAAGGUGACACUGAAACUUUGAGCUCUCCAGAACCAGAAUCUGAAGCCAACCAAAUUCAUUCCAAACCGGUCCAGAUGUACAAUUGCUGCACAUGGCCCUACAAAUCAGCAGCCUCACCUAAGACCCUACAACUCCAUCCAACGCCCCCGCGACGUCGGAAAAAGCUUCCAGACAGGUGUUCAGAAACUGAGGAAUGUGCCCCGCCUAUCCAUAAAAACCUCGGGGGAAGAAAAUCCUGGCCACUGAAGUCAGAAAAGGGUCACAAUGUUUAUUUGAUGCUUACUUUGUAGGAAUUCUAUACUGGUUGCAAAGUGGUUCCUCUGGCUUUGUUAAAAAAAAAAUGGCGGGCUCCAGGAGAGUUCUACCUCUGGUGUUUUUUUAAGUGUAAACUCAACACUAACAUUUGCUUGUUGAUUUGAGGUUAUUUGCGGAGAUGGUAGAUCAUCAUCCCAAUCUAUAAAAAUAUGUUUAUAUGGUUAUUCGACAAGCAAAUGAGAUUAAAUGUGAGGGCGUGUAUUGACUCAUAUCCAGGGCUCAAAUUUUACACUGAACUGCCAGCCCGAGGCCAGUGAUUUUAGAUUAGGGCCAGACAAGUCCAGCGGUCUUGUGUUUGUAUAUCUAGAUACUAAUACCUCACUGUCUGUGUAUAUUUACAAAAGAAAUGAUGUCCAAAAUGUUCACUUUUGAGUCUGGUAAAUAUGUUUCAGUUCUGUCGAGUAUCAACACACCCAUACGACUACGAGAUAGACUUUCUCUGAUAGCACAAUUGAAAAUGACUCCCUCCCAGGAAGGAUUAAUGUCCAGGGCUUACCAGCUCCAGAUGAAGUGUUGACUACACUUGAUCCCACCUCUGACACCAGUCUCUGUUUCAAUUCUGUCGAGUAUCAACACACCCAAAGGACUAACGAGAUAUAUUUUCUCGUAGUGCUUGAUAAAAUAAAAACUUUUUUCGUGUUGUACUGUGUAGAAAGGUCUUUCUUGUCAAGAUUGGCUGGUAAUGAUCUACAAGCCCUUUAGUCUUGUGGAAUUCUGAGCCCUGAUAUCUGGUUAAGAAUAAGAGAGUGUUCGUAGCUGUUGCUCUCAAACCUCUAUUGUUUGAUUUUGAUUCAUACCGAUGACACUCCUGUACAUAGAGAUUUUACAAAUACGCCUUGAUUGUUUUAAAUUUUUAACUAUAUCUUUUUAACUUGUAUAGUUCUUUGGUUAUCGCCAAGAUAAAUUAUUGAUUUCACUGUCAAAUUUGGACAGUUUUUAAGGUGAUUUGCUGGACAUUCUGCAGAGAUCCAAGGAAAGUGUUGUUGAAAAUUUCUUUGACUCACACAAGUUGUCACGAUACUACAAUCCUUGUUAAAGAAAACUUGCAAAGCAAAUGGAAACUACAGUUUUAACAGGCCAAAAUUGCCCCCACCUCUACAGAAAAAAAUUGCUUUGCCCCCCAAAAAUUUACCAUGUUUGCCCCUGCUAGAGUUUUCAUGAAGCAGAUAACUUUGCAAAGUGGACUUGUAUUUGUUUUGAGCAGAAUGGCUGUGUGUUUAAAAAACUUUUGGAACUAGGCUACAUUUGUCAAACUUUGAGAACACCCCAUGUUGAGAACCCUGAAUCUGUCCAAAAUUAACAGCCCAUUGAAAUUUGGUAAUCUUUUACAGAAUUGAUUCAACUUGUAUUACAUUUUAUAUGCAGAGAGAGACCAAUAUAUCAAGGAAAUAU